UUAUUUGUUUUCUUUUGCAAAUAUUUUAGAAUUUGACAGCACAAAGAAGUCGGCCAUUUUAUUGCUGGCUGAAGAACGGAGGGAGAAGUGAGGGCUUCCCAAGCGAAGCUAUUAAUUAGUUUUGGAAUUGUUUUAUUUUAUGAUACCACGGUUUAUAUCACGUACAAACAAGUAUACGUAUUUAGUGUAAGUUUUUGGUGAAUUUAUGCGUUGCGAGUUAGAAAAUGGACGAUCCGAAUAGAAUGAUGGCGCAUAGUGGUGGUCUCAUGGGACCUCAAGGCUACGGGCUGCCUGGCGGUGACGGCGCGCCCGCCUCUGGCGAUGGCGAGGCAAGGAAACAGGAUAUUGGCGAAAUCCUGCAACAAAUCAUGAACAUAACCGACCAGAGCCUCGACGAGGCGCAAGCCAGGAAACACACGCUAAACUGUCACAGGAUGAAGCCUGCACUUUUUUCUGUGUUGUGUGAAAUUAAAGAAAAAACAGUUCUAUCACUCCGCAAUACACAAGAGGAGGAGCCCCCAGACCCACAACUGAUGAGGUUAGAUAACAUGCUGAUUGCGGAGGGUGUUGCUGGCCCUGAGAAGGGUGGUGGAGCAGGUGCUGCGGCAUCAGCUUCAGCUGCUGCGGGAGAAUGGGGCACUGUGGCCCAAGCAGAUAACGCGAUCGAGCAUUCCGACUACCGCGCGAAGCUGGCCCAGAUCCGACAGAUCUACCACCAGGAGCUUGACAAGUACGAGAACGCUUGUAACGAGUUUACCACGCACGUCAUGAAUCUUCUGCGCGAGCAGAGCCGCACCAGACCCAUCACUCCUAAGGAGAUAGAGCGCAUGGUGCAGAUUAUCCACAAGAAGUUCAGUUCCAUUCAGAUGCAGUUGAAACAGUCCACAUGUGAAGCAGUUAUGAUCUUACGUUCACGGUUUCUCGACUCGCGGCGAAAGAGGCGAAACUUCAGUAAGCGGGCCCUUGACCUCCUCAACGAUUACUUCUAUUCACAUCUAGCGAAUCCUUACCCCAGUGAAGAAGUGAAAACGGAAUUAGCUCGACGCUGUGGCAUCAACGUCUCCCAGGUAUCCAAUUGGUUCGGAAAUAAGCGUAUUCGCUACAAGAAGAACAUUGGUAAAGCGCAAGAGGAGGCCAACCUCUACGCCGCUAAGAAAGCAGCCGACUUGUCGUGGGCGGGCGCGGGCAGGCGCGAAGCUCGCUCGCCGGCCGGCCACGCCACAUACAACACAGCGGGCGCCUCCCCGUACUCCAUGGGCGCCGCGUCGGGCACGGCGACGCCCAUGAUGUCCCCGGCGCCCACGCAGGACUCCAUGGGCUACUCGCUGCCGGCGCCCGGCUACGACCAGCCACAGCCGCCCUACGACGCGUCCAUGGCCUACGACCCCAUGCACCAAGACCUUUCACCCUAGGCGCCGCAGGGCCUGCAAAAUCGCGCAGCUUCCACAAAAUUGCCAUUACUAUAAGUUGCGACACCGCGGCCGUGGCCGCCCUAGCUCGUAGGACCCCGUAUACUAUACUACUGCGUCUACACUUAACUCUAGCUAAAUGUUGUUUUACACGCGAUUUCUAUUGAAAUUCAAUCAAUUUGUAUUGUGUAUUUUUUUUUACAAUUUAAUAACGUUAACUUGAGUAUUUAUUGUAAUAUUGUUUUAUUAUUAAAAUGUUCAGUAAUAUUCUCAGAGUUAUGUAGAUACAUCAAGCAACGUGUCUAAGGGUAGAAAGCCACUUUAAUUUAAUAAAAAAUGUCAUGAUCUAUUUAAAACGUACUCUUUAAAUGUAAUGACGACGCCAUAUUUCAUCACAGAAAGUGUAAUACAUUCCUACACAUAAACCUUUGCAUAGAAUUUUUGAGUCGACAAAUGAAUGCAGGCGUUUAUAUUAGUCGUUGCAUGACAAAUAGGUCAACAUAUUCAUGGAAUUUAUUUAAACUGGAACUAUAUAUAUAUAAUAUAUAUACAUAUAACAAUGAGGAUAUUACUGGACAUAAAUUAUUAUUAUUGUAUUGUGAUUAAUUUUACGCCAGCUCUCGAAAAGUAUUAUUUUGGCCCAGUGAUUGUUUCUAAAGUCAAGUAUUCGGCAGUAUUACCGCAGCAAGUGACAGGAUCUCUUUUUAUAAACUUUCACUAAAAUAUACCCCGUCCGUUAUACUAUUUUCUAUUGCAUGUUAAAGAAAAAUUGACGGUACACUCCAAAAAUAGAUAGCUCCGUGUUGAGGGAGGGCAGUCGUAAAACUAUCACUGGUAUCGCUAGAUAUUUGAAAGUCAAACAGGACAGCUCAGCUCGGUGAUUUUUAAACUCGCAUUAAUUAUAAAACAUUUUAGCGUUUUAUGCGAUUGCAAUUCAAUGUUCACUGACAUAUUUCAAUCCGAAGCGACGCACCAAAUAAUUACGGCGUAACAAGGGUUGUAUAGAAUGUUUCAGUACGUCUGUACGUAUAAUUUUUCUUCACUAAAUGCUUUUAUUUGCUAAAUUUCAAUAUGGCGGAUUUAUUUUAACUUCUUACACUUAACUUUCGUGACCUAGUUGGGUUUUAGUUAUAAAUUAUUACAUUUAUUGCGCUCAAUCGAUCCGGUACUUUGGUGAUUGCGUAUAUCGGCUCGCCCUGACGCAAGGCGCAUUGCUUUUUGAGUCUGCCGAGUAGAAAAUAGUGAAAUGGACGAAGUAUAUACUAAUAUUAAAUAAAUAAAUAUAAUCCUUACCAUACGGUGAAUAUAAAUUUACGAUAGCGUGUAAGUUUAUUUAGGUAAUGUUUAUAUUGUAAGCGUUAAUAUAUGUUUUUUUGCUGACUAGUUUGAUGGGGCGAGUAUGAGGUAUUUUUUCGCCUGGCAAUACAUCUAUCUGCUGUACACUUUUUGUCACAGUUUCAAUUUUUUUUUAAAACUGCUGUUACUUCGUACCAUAAUUAUAGCGAUAUAAAUACAAUGAAAGUAAUCUUGUUUGCUAGGAGCUAGCCAAAGAGCUAACCCUACCUACAAAGAUGUGACGUCGAGCGAUACAGAAUUAAUAACGUACAGAAACCUUGUACACGACUGAUGCUUUAAUUAUUAUAUUGAAGCAUCAAAAAUCACUCCACUUCAGUAGUGUUUCUCGAACAAACGGUUAGCCACUUCAUACCAUUUAGCCAGUAAUUAUUUUACCUCUAAUGUUCUACACGUUUACCAUAAAACGUUAAAAAAGGUUGUCAGCUAGCAACAUUCGGUGAGUGUGAAGUGAGACUCGCGGGGGCUUUUUCACUGUUUUUGGCCACAAUGCUCUGCAUGCAAUAAUGAGGGUUCUGUAUGUUCUAAAUUCUGUGAAUCAUUCAUCCUCACUAGAUAAGAUUGCAGUCAAAGAGCAAACAAAAAACAAAGCUAGGCCAAGUUACAAGGUUUCCCGGCCGGAGAUCGGGCUUGGUCAAAACGAAAGGGAUGAGACAGGUAACUUAUCCAAUUGGUAAAGUAAAAAUAACGUUUUUUUGCGUUAUGAGUAAAUACUUUGUAGGGUAGUGUUAUUGCCAGUUGGUAUUCUACCCGCACCGCCGAAAUAAAGUGUGCAAUUUUAAAAUUUUAUUAGUGACGAAGUUAUAAAAGUCAGCGCACGCUGAGUAUUUUUUUUUUCACGUGAACUCCUAUUUACUAUGUACCAGUAAGCGAUUUUAUCCUUUUAAAAUAAGUUUUAACGUAUUAAUUUGUUCAUUUUCAAUUAAAAUCUUAGGUGUUGUGAAUAUCAGUAGGGCUUCUAUUAGUUUUGCGAACGUACUCUAAACUAAAUUGACAGGUUUAAAAGUAGUUCUUUGCUUUAAUUUUUUUUAUAUUUUUAAGCGUACUUAAAUUUUUUUAUAAAAAACUUAUAAAUUUCAAUUAAAGUCAUUUAACAGUUACAGCUGAUACAAGUCCUAUCAAUUUAUCAACUCAAAUAGCACAGCACUAUUUAUUGACCCGACAAUUUUGUUAACAGUGCUAUGUUUUUUUUUAUUACAAAGAACAGAUAAAAUAUAAAAACAAUGGCCGCACUAUUUUCAAAACUUGUCAAUUCAGUUUAGAUUGCACACAAAUUUAUUACCAAAUUUACACCAAAUUUACGAGUCUUAAAAACGUGCUAUCCUUUUCUACAUGGAACAAAUGAAAGGGAUGGUACUUUUUUAAACUGGUCAAUUUAGGAUCGAUUAGAGAUUUUUGUACAACAGAAUUGGCACCACUGUCUGCGUAUAAUAUAGAGGGAUCUACGUGAGGAAAGUAAAAGGUUUGCUAAACGAAUAUAAGCAUUAUUCUGAGUACGAGUUUUCACACCUCUGCGUAGAUGGUUUUCGAGUAUCGAAACUAAAUAAUCCAACAUUGUUACAACCCGUUCGUAUAUUUUGUAACAAGACUGAAACGACACCAAAAAAUGUCUUUCAUAUACAUAAUACACCCAUGUCUAUAAAAAAUAACUGAGAUCAGUCAGUUUGAUAUACCUGUUGUAUAUUCGACAGAAACAGUAAAUUAAAUAUAACUAAUUCUCCUAGUUGAAGAUCGAGGUUAUCUAUUCAUCUAUAGCCGGCGGCCCUCAGUAAAUAAUAGAGAAUGGGAAUAAAAAAUCGGGAUGUAUGAUUUAAAAUAAGUUCUUCUUUGUAAGGAAUAUUAGGAACGUUUAAUUAAGUUUCGAUACUCGAUCGACGUUUGCGAGCUGUGCAAGCUCGGACUAAGGGUAAAAUACUAUGAAAUAUAUUAUAUUUUAAAAUUAUAUUAUUCGGUGCUAAAUAAUAAUGUCGUCGGCACAGAAUAUUAUUCUUUCAUGUACUAGACUGCCAGGCCGAUUAGGCGAGUGUCGAACAUGACGUCACUCGGACACACCUUGGGUACGAACUCAACCAUAAUAUGAAAUCGUUUGAAUUAAAAAAAAAAAAACAUUUACUAUUAUUAUAACACUGCGUUAACAGUUUAUUUAUAUCUAGUAAGUGUAUUAUUUGAUUGUUUUUUUUAUUGUAAUAAUGUGCUGCGAAUUGUUCUCUUAGUAAUGAACACGGCUAAAUUCGUGGAGUUGGUUUUUGAUAAACGAAACUCAUACUUAAAGUAAAAUAAGGUCCAUUUUACUGGACUUAGAGUUACCAAUUCCAUGCUACUGAUUUUUAGUUUACCAACAUUUCACAACGAGCGUUGAAUAAUUGAAUUGAAUUGAAUUGAAUAUUCCAUUUAUUUCAUUUAAAUUAUUAUCUACGUUACCCCAUAAGGGGAUGACAAUUUUUUUUUCCUUUACUGAUAUGAAACAGAUUUUUCAAAAGUAGUUGUAAGUAUUUUGUUCAUGUAUAUCGACGGAGAAAGCUCAAAGUUAUAAAAUACUUCAGGUAGGUACUUAAUAUUUACGUACCUAAAUAUCUUAUAAUAUGAAAGCACCAAUGUGAGAUUCAUCGACUAGACGAAUUCAAGCUUUAUUAGAGAAGGUCAGGUCUAUUAUAUUCUGACGGUUAAAGGCGUGAAAUUGUUGUGCUAAGGGUACUGUUCUAAGGUGGUGUCUGAGGGGGUAUGCGGGCGGGGAGGGUAUAUGCCACCCGUGACCCACUCCUCUAGUUGGCUUGGUUGAGUCACAGUGUAUAGAUUAAAUGUUAAUGAUUUGAUAUUGAUUUUCGUAGUUUUAGUUCAAUGGAUAGGUCUUUAUAAUAUACCUAUUGCCUAAUAGACCAAGAGCUGGUGACCUUUUUGUUUAGUGUUCUUUAUCGGUUAUGAUGCACAUGCUACAUGUAGAUAUGUCGAUAAUAUAUCUGGGCAACCCCACCCCAAAAACGUGAUUGUUUAGAUUUUAUUAUUCUUUGUGAUCCUGUUUUUAUAGCAGUCACUUUAAGAGAGAGACAGAGAUUUUUUUAUUUACAUUAAUAGUGUUUUUAGCUACACUUGGAGGAAAUAUCAAUUUUAUAAAUUUAAAAUGCAUAUAAAAAUGUUCGGAACCAAUAGGAUUUGAACCUCAGGUUCAGUCUUGUAUGGAUACACGGAAUAAUAAACAGUGCUAUUACAUGAUACACAAUUUGGAUGGUAUAAAAUACUCAAACAAAUCAGUCACCUACUCUUGGAUCACGUGCAGCGUAAUGAAAUGGAUAGUUCCACUUAGAAAUAAUUAAAAUAUAAAUAAGAAAUUAAUAGAAUUAAGUUGAUGUGUUCUUAAUCAAGAUAUCUGAAACAGUAUACGAAGAAAAGGUUAAAGAGAAAAAAAUAUAAUAAUUGGAAUAAAAUUACAAUGAUCAUAAUAGAACACGCCGUUGCCUAUGUCCUUUAAAUGCAGGGUGUUCUGUUUAUUUGGUGCAGUGCGGGGAAAGCUUCGACUAAAUAACAUAAUAUAUAAAGGAAUAUGUACUGUAUUGACUAAACUUUGUCCUUUUCAAAAAAUAAAUAAUGGAUUAUUUUAACUUUUUA